CUCGACACGGCUGCCACGUAGCUCUAACUUCCUGGAGUGCCAGCAGGAGCAUCUUCAGCUGUUUAUUCGGCUCUGCUGCUAAUGAGGUUGUCUUCUAAGAAGAAACCAAUACAACCCUGCACAGCCUGACAGAAAUGUAUACAUAACAGCGCUGAAGCAAUGGGUUGGUCCCUCCUCCUAUUGGCCAGUGUGGUGUCCACUCUGGGUGGUCUGGUCUUUGGGUAUGAGCUGGGCAUCAUCUCAGGUGCAUUGUUGCAGCUGAAGGCAGAGUUCAGCCUCUCAUGUGUCCAGCAGGAGGCUCUGGUCAGUUCUCUGUUGAUUGGAGCUCUGCUAGCCUCCACUGUGGGUGGCUGCUUGAUCGACCGUCAUGGCCGCAGGAACGCCAUCCUCCUCAGCAACAUCCUGAUCCUGACCGGCAGCCUGGUCCUGCUCAUCAGUUCCUUCCCUGCGCUGGUGGUUGGCAGGAUCACAGUAGGCUUUGCCACAUGUAUAUCCUCAAUGUCCUGCUGCAUCUUUGUGUCUGAGAUGGUUACCCCAGAUCGCAGGGGCUUCCUAGUAACACUGUAUGAAGGUGGGAUCACUGUUGGCAUCCUGGCAGCUUAUGCCAUCAACUACAUCCUUUCUGACUGCAGGAGAGGGUGGAAGUGGAUGUUUGGAUUUGCUGUAGUUCCCACUUUGGUUCAGCUGGUCUGUAUCUGGGGUCUUCCAUCCAGCGCUAAGGAAUCAAUAAGCUACAAUUACUGUCAGUCUGAAAGAGACCUCAGGAGUUCCAUUGAAACCCAAGAAGCAGAUGACUUAAAAGUGGGCUCCAGGAAGGACAACAAGAGGGUUAAGUACAACAACAUGUACUUAAUCCAGCGUAAAGACAACAUGAGGACUCGGACUGUCAUUGGGCUUGGACUGGUGCUCUUUCAGCAGUUCACAGGCCAGCCGAACAUGCUCCUCUACGCCUCCACCAUCUUACACUCAGUGGGGUUUCAGAGCAAUGCCUCGGCCGUGCUGGCAUCUGUGGGCUUGGGGUUGGUUAAAGUGAUUGCCACUCUGAUCUCGAUGGUGCUUUCAGACAGGGUGGGCAGGAGGCCUCUGCUCAUCAGUGGAUGCUCUGUUAUGGCACUGUGUUUGAUAACCAUUGGACUCCUCAGUGGACAUUCACUGAUGAAUGCUAAAAGGCCUUGUAAUUCUGAAGAUUUCAAUGUUAACAUAACAAAUCUAGCUCAUUUAACUAAUGGUAAUAUGUCAGUUUUUGACACACCUUUUGAUGAGAGCCACAAGCUUUUUAAUAACAAUACACAAGAUAAAAAUAUAUAUGAUAAAGUUGGACUAAAAUCCUUGGAACCUGCCCCAGAGUCUUCCUCCAGCAUCUAUGGCACAGUUGUGAACUGGAUCAUUCUCUUGUGUAUGAUGGCUGUUGUCAGUGCAUACGCCGUUGGAUUUGGACCAAUGACCUGGCUUCUCCUGAGUGAAAUAUUUCCAGUUGCUGUCAGAGGAAGAGCGUUCGCCUUCACCAACUGCUUCAACUGGGCAGCCAACCUCUUGGUCACAUUCACUUUCUUGGAUGUUAUCGAUGUCAUUGGUCUGUCGAGGAUAUUUUUUGUGUAUGGGAUAACUGCUGUGGCAGCUGGGAUUUUCUUCUACUUCAUGCUACCAGAGACCAAAGGGAAGACUCUGGAGGAGAUAGAUAACGAACUGCGUUUAAACAGGUUUUACAACAGUGAGGAGUCCUGUGGCUGCAUCAGCCAGAGAAAGACUUUCCCACAGUACCAGAGAGUGCACUGUCAAGUUAGCACCUCAGGGUGAAUACUUUAAAACUGCCGUACUGACAAAGCGUCACUAAACAAGUGUUCACUACAUGCACUGAAGAGAAGGAACAGCGAUCCAUCCCACUCUGACAGAGCAAUCCUGAUAGCUGAUGAAUGAAAGUAGAUAUUACUGUGUCACACUUACUUAAUUCUCUGUUUUCUUUAUGAAUGGUGUGGAUAAAAUGUGUUUUCUUAGUUGUUUAAGUGUUGAUCACAUCAACUGACAUUCUUUUAGGAUUUUAAAAAAUUUUAGCACAUGGGUCUUAUUUUCAUUUGUUGGGACAGUAUGUUUGUUAUUUCUAGCAUUUAUCUGGCAGCACUGUGACCACAUCUGUUAUUCCUGAUAAAACUUUUCCAGAAAGCUAUUGUAAAAGACAUUUUGGGAUUCGCUUACAUUUUGAAUCAUUUAGUGCAAGUUCAGGCAGGAAUACAAUGGUCAGACAGCCCAUUUUCAUCAUCACACUAAGGCCUUUAAAAUUCCAAUUUUUUUUUUUUUUUUUUAACUUUUGGGGGAUCUCCGAUCUUCUGUUUAUAGCACUCUAUCAUCAUACAUGUCUAGCACCCCACUGCUACCAGUGUCAAUGCCAAAAUCUUUAUUGAAUAAAGCUCCUGCCUUUGUGUUAAUUUGUCUGUCGAAGUCAAGUCAAAGUCAACUUUAUUGUCAAAACCAUAUGUACAGGUCAUACACAGGUUUUGAAAUUACAGUGUUCCCUGGGCCCACAGUGUUACACUAAUAGUGUAUACACAACAUAGAUGAAAAAUUUUAUGUCUGUGUAAUCCUGAUUGAAAUGAAGUUCCUUCAUCCCACAAAUGAAAACACACUAAAGGAAAUCUAAUUAUAACACUAUUGCACUAAGAGCAGCAAACUAAAACUAAAACUAAAACCUGACCUUUCUGGCCUUCCUUGAUUCAAAAUCAUCAAUAAUGUCAUCAUACGAAAUCUGCUCCCCUACUGAGUGAUUGAUGCUGAUGACAGCAAAGCCAGUGAGCUGUUUCUCAGGUAGGACUUGAUCAACUUCAGCUUUUAAAAGCUCCUCUAUACAGUGGAUAACCACCCCCCCCCCAACACUGAGGGUCCACUUCUGAACUGUUGUUGUUGCAGUGAUAUUUCCUAUUGCCCAGUGAUCAUCUGAGCUGAAGAGAAUUCAAACCAAAUGACUUAUUUUGUUUCUCUUCUAUGUUGGUGUUGGUGCCACUUCACAGUUUCUUCCUUCCACCACCUCCACUGGUGUAAAGGCCCCAUCUAAGGCUCCCUCAGGGGAUUUCAGAUUGCACUACAUAUGUUUAUUUCAAACUUCUUUCUCUGAGAAAAGUUUAUUUUUACUUCUGUAUUGCCUACAGCUGUCAUUUCCUCUGGACAGAACUUAAUCAUCAGAAUCAAGUAAAUAAAAUAAAGUGAAAAUAAAAAUAAAAAAAACAUGAAUUUUAUUAAUUUGGUUUGUUUGGCACUGUUGUUGGAUUUUUUUAAUAGUUGCAAAUUACUUGUCAACCCAAUUAAAGGAGGGAUUUAUUUUUCUUAACAUUCAAGAACUGCUUUUUAUCCUCUUGAUACUUUUCAAAUUUUGGAAUAUAAAUUCUACACAGUGGAGCCUGAAGCCAAGUGUCUAUUAUCUUAAAAGAUAAUAGACAACUUUGAAUAUGUCCUGUUCAUUUUAUUUUACACCCAGGUUAAGAUGGCUUUGUUUGGAGUAUCAGUCCUGCAGGUCACACAUGAUUCUGUUUUGAUUUGCUUUGAUAUAACAUUACAGGUUCAUUCUUUGAGGACUGUUUUUUAAGCCGCAUUGGCUUCUCAUUUGCCCUUGGGGUGAUGGUUGUGGUGAC